AGGGGUUAAAGGUUGAAAGUGAUUGUAUGAAAAAGAGACAGAGGCACAGAGAGAUAGAUUUGUCACUGGAGACUGUUCAUCAUGGAUUCAUCACCCGGGGUUCUGAUCCUGUGCUCUCUCUUAUGUUCAGUAUAUCUCUGUGCAGUGUCUGCUCAGGCUCCCGUGGUCUCUGUGGAGCCCCGCGCUGCCACGGUGCGCCAAGGGGAGUCUGCCAGCUUCAGAUGCCAGGUGGGGAGCGGGGCCCCUCCAGUCCAACUGCAGUGGAAGAGAGCCAAUAACCAAGCGUUACCAGACAACGCUAAGGUUGGUCCUGAUGGCUCUGUGUUGACGAUUGCUAAGGCCCGGCCUGAGAACAAGGGCCAGUACCGCUGCAUGGCAUCAAACUCUGCGGGCCGCAGCACCGCCAUGGCUGUGCUCAACGUCAAAUAUGCUCCUAAAGUGCAGCUGACCCAGGCCGGGCCCCUGCAGGUCAGGAUGGGUGAACCUGUAUCAGUGGAUUGUCGUGCCACCGGCAGGCCCCGCCCCACCACCACCUGGAAACGCCAGGGCUCCACCCUGCAGCUGGUUACCAAGGAGACAAAUGAUGUCAACACCAUACAGUGGCCUGCAGUGCAUCCAGAGGACUCAGGAGUUUAUAUUUGCCUGGCUGAAAACAGUGAGGGGGUGGCGGAGGUAAAAAUUAAGAUCGUAGUUCAGGGGCAGCCGGGGGCUCCAGUGGCUUCCGUGGGCGCCACAGAGAUGACGGUGGUGGAUGGACACACGAUCACAAUGUCGUGUCAGGCCAGCGGUUCCCCGCUUCCUGUCAUCACCUGGUCCAAGCUCCGAGCACCGUUGCCCUGGAAACACACAGUGUCUGGUGGAGUUUUGACGCUCAACGGCGUGGGGCGCCAGGAUUCAGGGCAAUACAUCUGCAAUGCCACCAACAUACAUGGCUACAGCGAGGCAUACAUGCAGAUGGAGGUGGAGAGUCCUCCGUACGCCACCAGCCUGCCCGACCAGGUGAGGCUGCAGCCCGGAGACGCCCUGAGCCUGCAGUGUCUCGCCCUCGGCACGCAUCCCAUUCAGAUUGAGUGGAGCCGGGGGGGCAGGGUGAGUCUGCCUCCGGGAUCAGAGUCCACCAAGGAUGGGAGUCUGCAGAUAGCCCACGUUAAACUGAGCGAUGCCGGAACGUACAAAUGCGUGGCCACCAACCACAUCGGCUCCAGUGAGGCGCUGGCCAGAGUCAUCAUAAGAGCUUAAUCCAUUGUGGUUCCAUCUGAUUGAGAAACUAUGCAGCGCUCACAAUCUCUGCAAACCGGGAUUAUUGACUUCAAGACGGUCAAUACUGCAAAAACUGGGGAAAUUAUAUGUAAUAGAUUUAUAUAUUUUGAAAUAUAUCAAUGCUGUUUAACCUCUAGGUUUAAUUGUGCAUAUGGGGUUAGGUUUGUACUUUUAUAGAAAACUCAUACUGUUGCCAUUGUUGCUCCUGUCUCAUUUCUCCCUUGCGAAAGCUUUUCUCUGACGUCCUCCAGAAUGUGUGUGGGAGUUUCUUCGGCUGGAAUGCCUCUGCACCCCCUCUGCCUCCCUUUAUGUCAUUGGAUAAGUCGACACUGUUGCACUUCCAAAAUGGAAAGAAGGUCACAAUGAAGCACCGGAUCUAAAGCCCUUAUUAUGCUGUUAAAUAUCAAAACAAUAAAGACCAAUUCAUUUCAAUGAAAAA